AUGGAAGGCAAAGCAGCGGCGAGCCGCCACGCCGACGAGCUGGACCCCCUCGCCCUCACCCUCGGGUCCAUCUACGCCGCCGCCGCCGUCGCUCCAGCCUCACCACCGCGCGCCACCCAACGCCGCCGCCUCAACAAUGGCUCGGCACCCAUCUACGCCGCCGCUUCUCCAGCUUCACCGCCGCCACCUCCUCUGCCGCUGGUUGCUACGCGCGCCGUCCGCCGCCGCGUCCACCGCGUCAACCCUCGCGCGGACGCCGGCGACCUUGUCCAGGCGCCGCCGUUCCCAUGGGCGACUGAGCGGCCAGCGCAGCACGGCACCCUGCAGAGCUUGCUGCGUCGGGGCGUCACGUCCGUCGAGGGCCAGGCGCGGUGCAAGCGCUGCGGAGGCAGGAAGGCCAUCGCCUACGACCUGGAGUCCAAGUUCCGGGAGGUGCGCGAGUACAUCGUCGCCAACCGCCACGCCAUGUACGACCGCGCGCCCAAGGCGUGGGAGUUCCCGGCGCUGCCGGACUGCGACGCGUGCGGGCACAAGGGCGCCAUGUGGCCGGAGAUCGCCGCCGACAAGCACGAGAUCAACUGGCUUUUCCUCUUCCUGGGUCAAAUGCUCGGCUGCUGCACGCUGGAGCAGCUCAGGUACUUCUGCAUGAAGAACGGACGACACCGCACCGGCGCCAAGAACAGGGUGCUUUAUUAUGCGUAUAUUGAGAUGUCCAACCAGCUUUUGCCGUUUGAUUGA